AUAUAUAAGAACUCAUGGGGCCCCACUCCCCCGUUACAUCAAGCCUUGGUCUUUGAUUUGCUCUUGGCUCUGUGCUGUGUUGGGAGAUGUCUGGGCGCGGUAAGCAGGGUGGCAAGGCGCGAGCCAAGGCCAAGUCACGCUCGUCGCGCGCGGGGCUGCAGUUUCCCGUAGGCCGGGUACACCGAUUGCUCCGCAAGGGCAAUUAUUCCGAGCGUGUAGGCGCCGGCGCGCCUGUCUACCUGGCGGCUGUACUCGAAUAUCUGACUGCCGAGAUAUUGGAGCUGGCGGGCAACGCGGCGCGCGACAACAAGAAGACGCGCAUCAUUCCUCGCCAUCUGCAGCUGGCCAUCCGCAACGACGAGGAGCUCAACAAGCUGCUGGGCCGCGUGACCAUCGCUCAGGGCGGCGUCCUUCCUAAUAUCCAGGCUGUGCUGCUUCCCAAGAAGACGGAGAGCCACCACAAGGCCAAGGGCAAGUGAGGUCGGCCGCCCUUGGGGGGACCCUUUUACGGACAUCAAAGGCUCUUUUCAGAGCCACCUAUUGUCUCAGUAAGAGAGCCGCACUGAACUUGCAGCCAUUUGUCCGCCGGAGGCCGAGUUCUGUCAUCCACAUGAACAUGUGCAUCAGCGGUAGGGACCGGCUCUGGGAGAAACUGGGGGCCCAUUGGACUGAUUGUAUGGUGGCAGGCUGGACGGAGUGUUCCGUUCCCGGGAAGGGAAACUCGUCCGUUUGGUAAUCACCCCUUGCUCUUGAGUCUCUUCCAAAACCUCUAGGAGGGUUUAAUAUCGCCCACAGUGAAGGUGUCCUCAUGAUUACUAGCGACUACUUACCUUUGACUCCGGAAAGGGUUUGUGUGUGGAUGUUAAGCCCAGAACGUGUUUUCUCCUCCCAGGGACAAACGGGUCGAGACAGCCAGUAUUAAGUGUAAUUUAUGAAUUUGACAUUGUGAAAAAUAAAUCUUGAGAUCUCUGUU